GUUUGAGCUCGGCAGUGUUUAACUGGCCCGUAGGUCCUAGCGGUGGCUGACUGACUGGUUGCCUGCUUGAAUGGCUGUUUGGCUGCCUGGCUGACGCAGAUUCUCCUUAACAAAACGUCUCUCAACAAAACAGAGGAAAAAGUUGAUGAUAUAUGUGCAGACUGUGCUCACUGUUAUGCAUCCUGGAAGCUGCUGAUGUGCUGAAAACUAAAGCCAAAGAAGAGAAACCAGUGAAAUGAAGAGAAGAAGAGUAGUGGAUUAACUAACCCCGAUGCAGAAGCCUCCCUAAAAGCCUGGCAACUGACAGAGUGAUGAACUGAAACUGAGUGAAAUGUUUCACUUUGCACCACUACAGAAAUGGCUUAGUUAACUGUCAUUUCUAAAUGAAAGAUAGUUUAAGUUUUACUACGCCUGCCUAAAUAAAUGAUAGCACUGCAUAAGCUGCUUUUCAUGGUGCCAUUGCUUAUUCAAAGCAUGUGUCGCUGAUUCAUUGACAGUGCUGGAUGAAGAUGGAUAAAUGGAAUGGCAUCCAGUAACCAGAGAGUGCUAGAUGAGCUGUUGUACUGGAUGCUCUGUUAGCAGGACACACUAGAUGAUCGAAGGCAGAUAGCAUUGGAAUUGACUGACAGAGACACACCAGAUAGCCCUAGAUGUGCAGCUGCAGAUAGCAGUAGUAUCUAGUUUUAGUGAGCUUGUGUAAGGCCAGGCAAGCAGGGUAAACUAGUUUGUACCAUGAACCCCAGAGACAGUGUGGAGGUGAUGGAGACCCAGUCUGGAAGCCAGAAUGAGAAGCUGGUUGGAGACAAAGCCAAGCCAGGGAAGGAGGUUGAGGGUGAGGAUGAUAAAACCCCUGGAGCUUAUGACUGCAGUGUUUGUGGACGCAGCUUCCCUUUCCUCAGCUCUCUGUCCCAGCAUAUGAGACGCCACACGGGUGCACGUCCAUACAAAUGCCCCUACUGUGACCAUAGGGCCUCUCAGAAGGGCAACCUCAAAGUUCAUAUCCGCAGCCACAAAUUAGGCACACUCUCCAGCCACCAUUCCAAUGAUGAUGAAGAAGGUGGGGCAGAGGAAGAAGAGGAGGCAACAUCUGCUGAGGUGAGCGUUUCUGAGGGUCUCGAUGGAGGGACUAGUCCAACUAAGAGCAGCUCAGCCUGUAACCGGAUGAUCAAUGGGGAUAGUACAGAGGACAGUCGGAGGAAAGUGCCUGUAAGGAGCAUGAAGAGAGAGAAGUCUAUUACUGACCAGCGGCCAUAUUGUUGCCGACUGUGUGGGUAUGAGGCGCAGCGGGAGGACCAACUCCUCAGUCACAUUGAAAAGGUCCACAUAACUGCGGAUGCAGAAGAGACCACUGUGAAGGAUGAGGCUGGGACAGAAACUGAAGUCAUCCAGCCACAGAGUGAUGGAACCUUCCCUUGUGAGACCUGCGGCCAGGUGUUCACCCAAGCCUGGUUUUUGAAGUCGCACAUGAAGAAACAUGCAGGGAUCCUAGAGCACUGCUGCCGUAUUUGUGGUCGACGGUUCAGGGAAGCUUGGUUCCUCAAAUCCCAUAUGAAGACGCACAACACCAAGUCCAGGUCCAGGCCAAAAGCAGAUUCUUCUGAGUCCCCAGCUACCAUCAAUGAUGUAGCCCAGGAUCCUGACAUUGCCACUGGGUCUAUUACAUCAACUUACCAGAUUUGCUCUAAGUGUGGGAAUCUGUUCCACAGCAAAGAGAGCCUUAGGGCCCAUGAUAAAGUCCAUAGUUUGAGCUAUGGCAAGAAGUCUCAGAUUGAGCGUAGACCCAGCAACGAUGAAGACUCACCAGCUGCUAAGAGACGUUUCUUGGAGUACUUCAACCUCCGGCCUGCUGAGGAAAUAACUCUGGAGGAAGAGGAGGAAGAUGAAAAGAAGAAUCUGGGUCGAAGAAUCCCAGAACUGGAUCCAGUUUGCAGCUACCAGGCCUGGCAAUUAGCCACCAAAGGCAGGGUUGUGGAACCAGUCGAGCCCAGUUAUAAAGCCUGUUCUGGGGGAGGAAGUAUGGGCGAAGAAGCCUUGGCUGGAGCUGCUGUUGUUUUUGAGAAGGAGAGCAGCCGUUAUGUUCUGCAAGGUCAGGAGAAACGCAGCUCAGGACGACGCAGCAGCUCCGGGUUUGGAAGCUACGGCUCUUCAGGGGACCGAACGCCAGAAAGCCUCAGCGACUCAGAAUACCGGCCCUCCUCCCGUCAGGACAGAAGACGACCAUCCCAGACGCAAGCUUCAUCCAAGUCCAACGAAUGCUUUGAAUGUGGGAAGGUUUUCCGCAGCCGACACCAGAUGAUCGUCCACCAACGGGUCCACAGGAGAGAUGGAGGGAAAGUGUCUGGUGACAAGGAGAGAUCUGCGAGAGAUGACCGCUGGGGUUCCACCAGUGAUCCAGAGUCUGGCUCUCCAAGUCGGCCCAGCACCCCAGGGUAUGGAGACUCCCCACCAGCCUCCACCCUUGGAAACCAGGCCUCGGAGAUGGGCACUGCCAAUGCAGGACAGCUGGCAGAUGAGAAGCCAUACAUCUGCAAUCUCUGUGACUUUGUCACCAUAGAUUCACAGGUGUAUCUGACCCAUCUUCGUGUCCAACACCCGGCUGCUCACCAUGAAAGACCCAGCCCCAUUCCCAGCCCCAGCUCCAGCUCCGACAGAGGCACUCCCAGCGGCUAUCCCAAACUGAAAAAGGCGCUUCUCCAGGGCCUGAACAACUCUGCACCACCCCAUGCUUACCUCUCAGCUCGAUCCUCCAGGGCCUCCCCACCCAAUCCCAGCCUAACUCCUCUGGAUCUCUGUGUGAGGGCUGAAGGCCACAGGGGAUUGGCCUCCUUAGCUCUGGACAAGAGAGGCCUCCCCAGUCACAAGUGCUCCUUCUGUUCCCACUCCACCCGCUACCCUGAGGUGCUGUGGAUGCACCAGGCUGUGGCCCACCGCAUCAACAGCAGUAGCUCCAAUCUGGCUCCUAAAUGGGCCUUGAAAAACAACUCAAAGGGCUCCAAGGACAGCUCAUCAUCUUCCAGGAGGCGCACUGGUCCUCCACCAGUCCUGGAAGGGAAAGAAUGUCCACCGCUGCCUCCAGUGAUCCGAGCCCCUCGCACCCGGCCCCCAACACACUCAAGUGAGGCAGUAAAGAAGAACAGGCCAGUUAGUCAAUCUACAACGGCAUCAUCCUCCUCCUCCUCCUCCUCGAGAAGCUCCUCAUCCACCUCAAGCACACAGGCUGUGAGGCUCCCUAUCCGGCCAGGUGGCAGCACCAGCAGCAUCAGGCACACAGAGGACCAGGGUCAUCCAUCUCGCUCCAGACCCAAGGUAGACAUUUACCCUCGGGGUGGCUUGACAUCAUCCACCAACUCAUUGGAGAAGAGCACUGGAGCCCCCCAGCGCUCCUCAGCCCCCAACCCCAGUUUUGCAGCUGGGACCAGGAUGUCGGACCGGUACAUGAUGCCUCAGGAAGGCCUGGGCUUCAUGCUCUCCAGCAAACAUGGCCUUGCAGAGUACACUCGAGCCAGGAGCUCCCCUCAUCAGUCGCAUCCCAACUCCCAUAGCCUGAGCCGGUCCAACACCAACAGGCCCAGCACCAUCACCCACAGCUCUGCAGCAGCACAUGGCGGCUACAACUCUUCACAGACACACGGAGCCACUCUCCACAAUUCUUCCCCUUCCUCUUCCUUGUCCUCAGGAGUUCGUGGAGAUGUGAAGCAAGAGGCAAUAGCGGAGGCACCGGAGAUGCCCGUUGACAUCCUCAGCUUCCUGAAAAACUACAGUCCCCAUGAACUGGCUGCCUUCUACCACCGCUGGGGUGCAGCCACCCCCCUUCUGGAUCCUACAGGGAUGCUGAGGUCUCUCAUGCGACAGGGACAGUAUGUCUGCCAUGAGUGCGGCAAGAGUUUCAGUCAGCCUAGCCACCUGCGCACUCAUAUGAGGUCCCAUACAGGGGAGAGGCCAUUCUGCUGCCAGCUCUGCCCAUACCGAGCCUCUCAGAAAGGGAACCUAAAGACCCACGUCCAGAGCGUCCACCAUAUGCCUUUCGACAACGGCCAGUACCCAGAGAGCAGAGCCCCGUUACAGGGCCAGGAGGAUCGAGGAGUGCUGGCUGCCAAACACCCACCAACCCCACAACAACACCAACAACAGUAAACCCUCCGACAAAACCUGGGGACCAGAACAGUCAGGGAUCACCCCGCCCCCAAAAAAAAAACACCACCAACAUCCCUCAAAAUAAGACCAACAUCGGCACCCUAGACUCGGAUCUUUGGGUGACAAACCUGUGAACCUUGAAUGAUCCUUCGAGAAUAGGCGAGCUUAAGAGGUGUUUUCUACAAUGAGGCUUCUCGAUUUGUUGUGUUUCUUGAAAAAAAAAAAAAAAAAAUGUUAAAGCUGCACUAGGCAAAUUUUUAUAUAAAAGUACUUGUGUGUCGUCAGCCUAAAAUCAUAAAUAAAAUCAUAACCCAGGGCUGCAACACAGAAUAGUGCGCUCUCUCCCCAUGUUGAGAUGCCAUAGAUUGACUCUAUUUGCCCAAAUGAAAUUCUGGUGUCAGGUGUGGUCACUUCUCCACCCACGGGGAGUGACAUGCUGAAAUUGAAAGAUGAAAUGCAAAGUGUCUCUUAAACAGCAGUGCGCGAGGCUCCGUCCAGGGGGAAGCCGGACUCGCCAACUUUAAAUCUUUUUUGCUUUCUUGUCCCUUCGGUUUCCUGGCGGCACGACGUGGUAACAGACUGGCUGGUUUGACGUGUGCAGUUUACUGUUGUCACCCAGAGGACCUCUUGGCCUGGAAGUCCUCGUAAGUAAAACAGUUACCUCGGGCUGCUAAUGCGCUAAGUUACCUGGUGCAGCUUUAAAUAGAGAGCAAGUUAAAAAAAAAAAAAAAAAAAAAGGAAAGAAAAGAAAAUAGAGAAAAAGAAAAAAACAAAAACGGAACUCUGUGCAACUGCAAGCGAUUUUAAACACGGACUGUGGCAUGGCGGGACCCUUGGAGUUGACCCCCCCCCACCCUCAAUUUUUCAUCCUGUGUGUUUUAUUUUCUUUGUUAUACAAGAGUUUGUGCAUUCCUCAGGACACCAAUCCCCUAACUCACAGCACCGUGGAUGAGCAAGAGAAAAAAAAAAAAAAAAAAAAAAAGAAACAGAUACUCUGUAAUUCAUCGACACUCGACUGGCACAUCGCAAGUUCACUUCUUCUGGACUCUCACUUCUAAGUCAAUGAGCUGAAGAUGAAGUUGUGCGUGCGUGCGUGUGUGUGUGUGUGUGUGUGCGUGUGUGUGCGUGUGUGUGUGUGUAAAACUCACUUCUCUCCACUCUAAAGUGUAAUGUCAGGAGCUGAAGUGAAGUGACCACUCUCUGUAGUCUGAGGCUGUUUAGCUGACCAUUAGAGAGAGAGGGAGAGAGAGCGGGAGAGAGAGGUAGAGUCCGAGUCGAAGAGAGAGAGAAAGAGCUAAUGGGGGUGUCUGCUUUAGUGCUCAUUAAAAAGAGUGUGCGUUUUUAAUAGCCGAUAUAAAUGAGCGUGCCGUUUUUAUGGUCAUUCAAUUAUUGUCCAUUUAAGAGGAAGGGAUGAGUGGAGGCACUUUUCCUCUGUAACUCCGCGAUGUGAGGGAAGGUUUCCCCCGCUGACAACUUAGAAUUACACUCCAGGACGGAGUUAACCGCAGGAAGACUGUUGCUCACACAGAUCAGCUUGAAUUUGUGUACAGUAUAUUUCCACAGCCAGUCUUAGCUAUCAAAAAAAAUUUCUUACUUUUGCUUUGGUGACCGAAAGGACCCCUCACUUUUGUGAUUUUGGUCUGUUGGUCACCUUACCUAAUAUCUAAUUAGAGGAUUGGCUCCAAAAUAAUCUCACUGACCUGUAGAUGGCUCUGCUCAUGCUUUGUUGUACAACAAAGAACAUACAAAGGAAGAAAGUUGUUGGAAUUAUUAGUAGUUUGUUAUGUUGCUACGCAGCUCACAUUUAAUAUAUUGUUUAAAAGGUGUUUUUUGAUAUAGUUUUAAAUUUCAAAUGUUAUAGGUAUAAUGGUUUUCCAUGCCUAUCCCAUUUAUUUUCAAUAUUAGCGGCCCCGAGUUUGGCACCGAUGCAAAUUGAGAAUGCUGUUGCUAUGAUGUAAUUUCCUUUACUUCUUUUAUAUGUUCUUUAGCAUACAGUAUGCAACCAUAAUGAACAUGUUUUAUCCUAACAGCAGCUCUAAAUCUGGUUGGUUAGUUCAUUUUGAUAAUAUUUGUAUGAAUCUGCUAGGCCUUUUUGGAAAUCGAUAGAUAAUAAAUAGAUAGAAAAUUUGGCAAGAAAAAGCACCCUAAAUUUUGUUUUCAGAGGCUAUGAAUUUACAGGUUAUAAAAUAAUAAUAUAUAUAUAUAUAUAUAUAUAAAAAAAAGAACAUUAAAUGUUGGAUCAAUAAAAGCAUUGUCUUCAUAUUUUGAAGCAUGCUAAUUGCCUGCAAUUUCUUAAUAUGUUUUAUGUUAAAGCAUUAACGUGCAGUGGAUGGUUUUGGUGCAAAUCCUCUUGUCAGAUAUUACGUAAGGGUACCAAUGGACCAAAAACCCCCAAAAGUGGUUGGAGUCCUUUAAUGGUGAUGUGAAGUGAUGGAUCCUGGGAUGACAGAGAGAGGAGGCGAUCAGAGAGGGCAGCCAGAAGUCCAGAGGUCAGGCUUCCACAGAUUUCAGGGAUAUACAGGAGAUAGAGAUGUUGUUUUGAAGCCUAUUGAAUUGCAGAGCCAUCACAGCCUUCACAGAGGUGUAAGUGUGUGUGUAUGUGUGUGUGUGUGUGCGUGCGUGUGUUUAUGUGUGUACGCUUUCAUUCUGCUAAAACCUCUGCAUACUUUAUAAGGGGUUGAGUAACCUCUAUGUAUAAUCCAGCCUCCCUCUAGUUGCUUUGUGUACUAGCCUACCUCCUUUGCAAUGAAAGCUUAUUUGGAUUUUUGGCUGCAGCCAGUCUGAAGUGAGGACUGCUCUUGUCUGCUUGGAAAAGAUAUGUUUUUUUUUUUUUUUUUUUUUUUUUUUUUUUUUUGCAUGUCCUGUUCUUGGUUUUCUCUCAACAACAGCCUCCUAGAUUGAAAAAGCCAUGCCCGUCUAUGCCUGGACAAGCUGGGGAAAUAAAAACCACAGGAAGACUAAAAAGCAAGUUUGCAGCCGGUGCAAACGUAACGCGGCGCUGCAAAAGCGCCCCUGUCGAUUUAGAGAGACAAUUUUUGUACGCAUUGAUUCAAAAGUCUACAAUUAUGAAACCAGAGACAGACAAAGGAGCAUACAGAGUACUGUAUUCCACGUCUAUUUUGAGACCUCAGUAGUUUUUACAUGAACACACGAUGAAACGGUUGCUAAACCAGUGGGUUGUUUGGUUAUGCAUACAAUGUUGUGUGCUUGAAUAUACCUAUUACACAAAUGUGUAUACUGAAGGUGUGGGUAGUGAAAAUACUUGAAAUGGAUACUCUAGCCUACCGAGUUAGUGUAGUACUAAUACCAAUGUUGUACAGAAUUCCCUUUAAGAUUAACUCCUCAAUUAUGAAUUUGUACUCCGAAGUGUGACUUAAAAAAAAAAAA